GGAGGGUGUCAAGCAGGAGUGGACUGACCAUUUGGGCACUUGGACAGUGCCCGAGGGCCCGGGGUCAGUAGGGGGCCCCAUGAGAUGCCCCUGAUACCUUUAAUAGGCUUUAUUGGCUUGGGCAAGGACACAGGGCCCCCAUGAUCCCCUAUUGCCCGGGGGCCCCAUGAGUUGUCAGUCCGCCCCUGCUCCCUAUCCAGCUUGGUUCUCUUUCCUAUCCAGCUUGGCUCUCUUCCUAUCUUAUUCCCAAAUGUGGGCACACUAUAUGGCUCAUAAUCUCCUAUUUAUGGAAUUC